AACAAAAGACAGUACUAAUAUGAAAAAGAAAGAAUAAAACUGAGUAUUGAGAAAUGGGUACUUCAUCCAAAGGUAGCGGAGAAGAGAAAGAAAACAACUUGAAUACGGCGAGCGCGCCUUCUUCACCUCGACGCACAACCGCUCUCUCCGCCACUGAAUCGACAAACUCCACCCCUCACGUCUCAACGAACCCGGUGGAGGAGGGUGAUGCUGUAAAAAAUGGGGGUUUAUUGUAUCCCGAUGAAGUAAAACCUGACGACAAUGAUGAUGGACUUGAUCACCUGGACAGCAAGCAGUACAUUGAGAGGUUUAGGAAUUAUGAGAAUGAAUUCACUCAUCGAAUGUUGGCGAAAUACUUCUCAAGCAAAAGCCCUAAUGGAGGCAACAGUUUUUACGAGGAAAUAACAAUAGGCGAUGAAGUUAUAAAGGCAAGCAGGGUACCUUGUUUCCAGUUAUAUGCUGAUCCUGUCGUCGGUUUUAAAGAGCAAUGCAGCAACGGGUCGUCUUCACCCACAGAAACACAAGCUAACACCCCUAACACCCCUAAUGAGAAAAACAUGGUGAAGAACUGAAGUAGUUUGCAUGGUAAAGGAUGGAUGCAUAUGUUAUCUUAAAAUAGUUUUAACAUAGAGGGAAGCAUUAGUACAAGGAGUCUCGGAACUUAAAAGAAUGGUUAUGACAUCAAAACCAUCAAUUUCAUAGCCUAAGAAAGAUUUCCUGGUUGUGAUCAUUAUUAUUGGGUAAAAUAAUAACUGUGUAAAGAAGGGCUUUUAAGGUAUAUUCACCAAAAAGUAAAUGGCCAUUGUUUUAUUUUGUA